AGAGAGAGAGAGAGAUGGGCAACAGAAACCCUGAAGUGGAUUCUCCUGCAACAAAUGGAGGAGAUGGAAGGUACAGCUACAGCAAAAAUUCCCAAUACCAGAGACUGGCCACCAAUGUCUUGAGCGAAAAGCUUGAUGCCGCUAUAACAGAGAAAUUCGACAUUGCAAGUCUAUCCUCUCCUUCCCAUGCAAUCCGACUCGCCGACCUGGGAUGUGCCACCGGUCCCAACACGAUUGCAGCGAUGCAAAACAUCGUACAAAUCUUGCAAAGGAAGUUCAAAUCUCAAUGCCCUAAUUCUCGAACCCUGCCCGAGUUCCACGUGUUCUUCAACGACAAGAUCUCGAACGACUUCAACACCCUCUUCGCAACCCUCCCUUCUGAUAAACCCUACUUUGCAGCAGGAGUUCCCGGCUCUUUCCACACCAGGUUGUUCCCCAACGCGUCCCUUCACUUCGUGUACUCCUCCAUCGCGCUGCACUGGCUCUCCGAGGUCCCUGAGAAAGUGACGGACCGGGAGUCGGCAGCGUGGAACAAAGGUAGGGUUCACUACACUAGUGCCCCGGAAGAAGUGGUUGCAGCUUAUGCAGAGCAGUUUGCGAAGGAUACGGAGCAGUUUUUGAGGACUAGGGCUGAGGAGGUAGUGAGCGGAGGGAUGGUGGUGAUUAUCAUGCCGGGAAUUCCGCAUGGUAUGCCUCAACGGCGAGUUCCAAGCGGGCUUAUGUAUGAUGUCAUGGCUUCUAGUCUCAUGGACAUGGUGAAUGAAGGUCUAAUCAGCGAAGAUGAACUGGAUUCCUUCAACUUGCCACUGUAUGCACCCUCGCCGGAAGAGAUGACCAUGCUAGUGACCAAAAAUGGCGAUUUCAACAUCGAAGCAAUGGAGCUAACAAACCCAUUGCCCAACACGAACGGCCCCAUCAACGUCCGUGGAUGGAUGGUGCACGUGAGGGCAGCAAUGGAAGGCAUGCUUAUGAAGCACUUUGACAAGGACAAGAUCGACGAGUUGUUUGAUCGAUUGGUUCGGAAGUUGUCCGACGAGUGUUCUCAAGAGCUUGAAUCAUGCUACAGAGAAGGCAUUCAACUGUUCAUCGUUUUGAAACGCAGAUAAAGUAUUGAUAAUGAUCGGUGCGUAGUCGCUUGUGCGCUUACGAAUGUUGAUUUGAUUCCCUCCGCUUGUCCUUUGUUCCCUACUCAAGAUUUGCUUGUAAAAGAAGUUUGUCUUGUAGUAUAAGGUUGUGCUU